CGUAGAUGAUAGUUUCUAUAGCAACACUUUUUUUUCAUUGUGGAAAAAUGUUUAGCCGUUGUUUAAACCAGAGUAACUUCGAGCCAAAAAAUGAUAGCUGUUGGUUAAAAACAUGGGAUUUAAAAUGAGACUUCUGGUGAUAUUUCUUCUAUUGUUGGUACAUUGGACAAAAAGUGAGUGUCCAAAUAGUGCAUCGAUUGCUCCUUGUGAAUGUCAAUACCAGAAUGGAGAAAUGAGCGUCUUUUGUGAAUCGUUAGAGUUGCCUCAGCUUACAACAAUGUUGCGUGACAGUUUUUGUGGACGCACAAUUCAUAAGUUUUUUCUCAGAGCACCCAACAUCGAUUAUCUUCCAAGCAACCUUUUCUUCAAAAACAUUGUUCACGAAUUCCAGGUUGAAAAUGCAAAUAUCAGUCACUUUACUCAAGCUGGACGAUCAGCAUUUUUUGGACAAGAACCCUACUUAGAGCUUCUUUCAAUGAGACGAUGCAGUUUAGGUGAUGAAUUGAGUUGGGAAAUGAUUGCUGAAUUACGUGCAUUGCAUUAUUUAGACCUCUCUUACAAUAAACUGAAAAAAGUACCCAAACAGUGGUUUUACCAUUCUCCUCCAAGCUUGAGGUCGCUAAUUCUAAAAGAAAAUCAGAUAUCACAGCUUGAACCUGGAGCGUUUCGUUACAUGUUUAAACUUAACGAACUAGACUUAUCAAGCAACAGCAUAUCUGAAAUUAGUAGAAAUUUAUUUCCUUAUCCGGGAAAUGAACUUAUAUUUCUUCGCCUCAGUGACAACAAUCUGCGCUCUCUACCGGAAGACUUAUUCGAUGAGAUGUUCGGAUUGCGGAGGCUUUAUUUAGACAACAAUAAACUUUCUACUCUUGCAGAAAAUGUAUGGAAACCCAUUUUAGGAGAACUGGAACGUGUGGAAUUAUACGGUAAUCCAAUCGAUUGCGGCUGCAAUCUUGAGUGGAUUUCAGAGUUGAAAUUGCCUCAGCAUUUCUAUGGAAAGUGUAAUUCAAAUGCAGUGAAAAAUAUUCGUCCUAUUGAAGUAUGUAAAUACCCUGAUUUGGUGGAACUGCGCAAGCUGGCAAAGAAUGAAUUCUAUUGCUGGUUUUGUGAUGAAAUUUAGCUAAAGAGUGUUUAGUCAUAUAAUAUUUUUUUUUCAUUUGCUGUAUCAUAAUGUAUCAUAAUAAAAUUUUAAUAGUAAAACACG